GGAAUUGGAAGCUGCCACAAAUAAUCUCUCUCUCUCUCUGCAUUCCUAAUUCCGCGAAAAGGUUUUUUAGGUGCUUGGCUUUUGUUGGGGGCAAUGGGGAGGGUGCAGGGUUUUUUCUCUGCCACUGGAGUACUGCUCUUGCUACAACUGGGUGUUGUCAUCGCUCAGAAUUCCUCCACUUGGCUGACAUUGUCCGGUAAUGCCCCUGCGAUAGUAGCUAAGGGAGGUUUCUCAGGGUUAUUUCCUGAUUCCAGUUCCGAUGCCUACAAUUUUGUUCCUCUCACAAGUUCAUCUGACACAGUAUUGUGGUGCGAUGUACAAUUGACCAAAGACGGUGUUGGAGUUUGUAUACCAAAUGUGAAGUUAGAUAAUUGCACUAAUAUUGCAUAUUUCUAUCAGACCGGGCAAAGCGAUUAUCUUGUCAAUGGCGUGAACACAACAGGCUGGUUUUCUGUGGAUUAUACCAUGAACGACCUAUCAAACGUUUCUUUAAUACAGGCAAUUUAUUCGCGAAGCGACGCAUUUGACUCUAACAAUUACGGCAUACUUGCUGUUGAGGAUGUGGCUAGAAAUUUCAACCCCCCGGGCCUAUGGUUGAACAUACAGCAUGAUAUUUUCUAUGCUCAACAUAAUUUAAACAUGACAACCUAUGUGCUUGAUGUGUCAAGGCGUGUUCCUGUGGACUAUGUUUCCUCUCCAGAGCUGGCUUUCCUGAGCAGGAUAGCACCAAUGCUUAGCCGCAGCAAUACAAAACUAAUAUUUCGUUUUCUUGACCAAAGUAUAUCUGAACCAUCAACAGAUCAAACAUAUGGUUCUCUGCUUAAUAAUCUUACGUUCAUCAAGACAUUUGCUUCUGGAAUCCUUGUUCCAAAGAGUUUCAUCUGGCCAGUAACAGCUGAUAAUUAUAUGCUACCUUAUUCAUCCCUUGUCUUGGAUGCCCACAGAGCUGGGUUGGAAAUUUAUGCAGCAGAUUUUGCAAACGAUCACACCUUGAGCUACAACUAUAGCUAUGAUCCGUUAGCUGAAUACCUUGCUUUCAUUGACAAUGGUGUUUUCUCUGUUGAUGGAGUAGUAACAGAUUUUCCUGUAACUCCAUCAGAAGCAAGAGAUUGUUUUUCUCAUUUAAAUAUAAGUUCUAUCAAUCAUGGCACUCCAUUGAUUAUCUCACACAACGGGGGCAGUGGAGACUACCCAGACUGUACUGAUUUGGCCUAUCAGAAAGCAGUGGAUGGUGGUGUUAAUUUCAUUGAUUGCCCUAUCCAAGUUACACAAGAUGGAAUCGCUAUAUGCAUGAGUUCUAUAGACCUGGUAGCUGAUACUACAGUCACUAAUUCACCCUUCGCUAAUCGCUUUUCCAGUAUCCCUGAGGUUCAAGACACUCAAGGAAUUUUCACCUUCAAUCUCACAUGGGAUGAAAUUCAAAUGAAUUUGCAACCCAAAAUUUCCAGCCCAGAGCUCAGAUAUUCUUUAGUCAGAAAUCCACGGUCUGCUAAUGCCGGAACCUUCAUGAGAUUAUCUGAUUUUCUAUCUUUUGCCAAAGGCAAGCCUAUUGCUGGAAUCCUGAUCAACAUAGAGCAUGCAACAUUUAUGGUGGAACAAUUAGGCUAUGGCGUGAUUGAUGCUGUCAUCUCUGCCUUACAAGUUGCGGGAUACGACAAUCAGACUGCUCUUCAAGUUAUGAUCAUGUCUACUAACAGCUCGGUUCUCAUAGAAUUCCAAGAGAAAACCAACUACACGCUCGUCUACCAAGUGGACGAGUCCAUUCGCGGCGCAGAUUCUUCGACAUUAGCUGAUAUUAAGAAGUUUGCUGAUGCUGUGGCCAUCGACAGGCAAUCCGUUUACCCUGAAUCGGCUCAGUUCAUAACGAAGCCAACAGACAUUGUCCCCAAGUUUCAGGCUGCAGGGCUCGCCGUUUACGUGUACGUGUUUCGCAACGAAUUUGUAGCCCAGCCGUGGGACUUCUUCUCCGACGCAACCGUAGAGAUCAAUAGUUAUGUCGAGGGGGUAAGAGUGGACGGCAUCAUCACCGAUUUCCCAGCAACCGCUGCACGUUAUAAAAGAAACUCCUGUAGGAACAUGGGGACUAAUGCCCCAAACUUCAUGUCUCCUGUUCAAGGCGGCGCUUUGCUGCAACUUGUUGCGCCACAAGGAAUGCCACCGGCACUGGCUCCAAUGCCCGUCCUCAAUGACUCGGAUGUGGUGGAGCCGCCUCUUCCUCCCGUGUCCCCAAGGCAUGCGCCGGCCCCCUCGGCUGUCACGGCAUCUCCUCCUACGCAACCCUCAAAUGCACUGCAACUGAUGGCUUCAAUCUUCACCUCAUUAGCAACAAUCCUCUCUGCUGCUAUCCUUGCCUGAGUUUUGUUACAUUUUGAUGCUUCUCUGAGGCUAGCUAUUCUUUUUGCAUGAUAUUAUGAUAAUUAUUCUUGCUUUGUUGUUGGGUUUCAAAAUUCAAACUCCUAUUCAUGCUAAUGUAUUACUUGUAAAGUAUUCCGUAAAUUAGUAUGCAUUUUUUGGUCA